AUUUAGUUUAGUACUUAUAAGUUUUAUUCAGCUUAGUAUGCACAUGUUCAGUAACUAUUAGUUCAGUUAACAUAAGCUCAAUCACAUUAUAUUUUACAUUGUCUUACUUUUUAUCUUCAAUAUCAACCACACAAUUUUCCGGUUUUAAUGAUUGGCUGGUCUCGAUUUUGUACCAUCUUUGGUUCCUGUCUCUAGAUGUCCUGGAAAUUGUAAAAACAACAUUUAAAAAAAAACAUAAAUGGAAUAAAAGUGGGUAAAUAAAUGACAGGACGACAGGUAACCAGUUGGUGGUCCUGGCACUGGAGAGACUGCCUUACACUUCUGCCUCAUUGUAAAAGACCGUGGUUCUUGCUGGAUCCAUGUCAGUAGUAAAGAGUAAAAGUGACAAGGUCUAAUAAGCAUGUCUAUAACUACUAUGAUCUUAUGUUUGAGUGUUUAAUUAUGCACAUCACUCAAAAUUAUGGUAUGUUACAUUUUCUGCAAUUUUAUUUAAUGUCUUGUUUUUCUUUCUUCACUUGUAAUCACCUAAUUAUUACUCCCUCCGUCCGGGAAUAUUCUUCCCGUGUUGACUUGGCACGCUUAUUAAGGAGUAGUAAAAAAAAUGCCAAAUUUUCAAAAAUGCACAUACUAUAAACUUUUAAAUCUCCUUUUCUUAUUAAAAAAGCAAUAAAAAAGUAGAUUAGAGAUAAAAUAGAAGGGUAUUAUUGAAAUUUAUCCUUAAAAAGUAUACUAAAAAAGGAAAUGGGAAGAAUAUUUCCGGACGGACCAAACAAGAAAGUGGGAAGAAUAUUUCCGGACGGAGGGAGUAUUGUUUUGUGUCAACUGUGUAUAAAACAAAUUUAAAGCAUGUUUAAGGGCAUAUAGGAAGGCAUCAAAUAAGGAUUAUUCAAACCGAAGGCAAUUAUCAAAGUUUCAACUUUUCCCAUUUAUAUGGACUAGCAAAUGAUCCAUUGUCCCAUAUAUACUGAUACUGUUAUCUGUUAGUCUAAAACAAAAAAUCGAUAUACAGUAUUAUCAUUUCGGUAUGAGUUUUAUCAUUCUAAAAGUUGCAUGGAUAAAAAAAAUUGCAUCACAGCCCCAUUAUACCACAGAGGGUGGUACCACCUUUUCUACCAAUACAACCCAAGUUCAGCUGUGUGGGUGGAAAAUAUCACAUGGGGUCAUGCAGUAUCAAAAGACAUGAUUCACUGGCUCCAUCUGCCACGGGCAAUGGUCCCUGAUCAGUCCUAUGACUUGCGUGGUGUUUGGACUGGCUCUGCCACAACCCUUCCUGAUGGACAGAUCAUGGUGGUCUACACUGGGAACACAGAUGUGCAGGUGCAAAAUCUUGCAUAUCCCGCCAAUCUUUCUGAUCCCCUCCUCCUUAAAUGGACCAAGUAUCCGGGUAACCCAGUUAUUAUUCCUCCACCCGGCGUUGGUCUGUUGGAGUUUAGGGACCCGACUACGGCUUGGGCUGACCAGAAAAAUGGCCACUGGUUUCUAACUAUAGGGUCCCAGCUUAAUAAAACAGGUGUUGCAUUUGUUUAUGAAACUGCUGAUUUUAAAAGAUAUAAGCUUUUGGAUGGAUUCUUGCAUUCGGUUCCGGGUACAGGUAUGUGGGAGUGUGUGGACUUUUUCCCAAUUUCAUCCGUCUACGACAAUGGGUCUGGCCAAUCAAUUAAUGGGUCGGGUAUCAAGCAUGUCCUCAAGGCUAGUUUGUACGAUGAAACACAUGAUUAUUAUGCUAUUGGUACGUAUGACCCUUUAAAGAAAACGUGGACACCCGAUUAUCCACAAUUGGAUAUAGGUAAGGGGUUGAGAGUUGAUUACGGGAAAUGUUAUGCAUCAAAGACAUUUUAUGACCAGAACAAGCAUAGAAGAAUUUUGUUUGCUUGGAUUGGGGAAAGUGAUCCUAAAGAUGUUGACAUUGCAAAGGGUUGGGCAUCUGUCCAGGGUAUUCCUAGGACGCUUAAUUUUGACAAAAAAACUGGGAGUCAUCUGCUUCAGUGGCCAAUUGAAGAAAUUGAGAGCUUGAGAUUAGGUGAUCCUGUAGUCACUGAGGUGAAUCUUCAACCGGGUUCACUCUUGCCAAUCAAUGUUUCAAUGGCUACACAGCUAGACAUUACUGUAUCAUUUCAAGUGGAUAAGGGGGCUCUUGAAGCUGCAUCGAAGGACGAUAACUCUAAGUACAACUGCAAUAAUAGUGGUGGCUCUGUUAACAGAGGCAUUUUGGGGCCAUUUGGUAUAGCAGUUGUGGCGGAUGAAACUCUGACCGAGCUUACACCAGUUUAUUUCUAUAUUGACAAAGGUGUUAAUGGGAACGGUGAGACUCAUUUCUGCACUGACUUGACAAGAUCAUCACAGGCUUCUGGAGUUGAGAAAGAAGUUUAUGGCAGUACUGUACCUACUUUUGAUGAAGAAAUAUACUCUGCCAGAAUAUUGGUUGAUCAUUCCAUUGUGGAGAGCUUUGCUCAAGGAGGAAGAACAGUUAUAACAUCAAGAGUAUAUCCAACUAAAGCUAUUUAUGAAGCAAGAAGAGUGUUCUUGUUCAACAAUGCCACUGGGGCAAGUGUUAAAGCAUCUGUGAAGAUAUGGCAAAUGAAAUCUGCUGACAUUAAGCCAUUCCCCUUUUAAUCUGGAGUAAGGUCUACCGUGUGAGUGUUUUUCUGUGUUUAUAAGCUGGUCAUGUUUUUAACUUAUAAGUCAGCUGAUGACAUCUUAUUCUAUGCUUAUAAGCUGGUCAAGAUUGUAUAAAUCAGAUAAAUAAGUAUGCCUUAACUAGUACUAAUUUUUAAACCAGUUUUUUUUUUUUGUUUUGACCAUAUCAUUUCCAAAUGUUUAUCUAUCAUUGAAGUCAUUUUAUUUCCACAAAAGAAUAUUCAGCUUAUAUAUUAAAAAUUGCUUAUAAGUAAGAAAUUAAUAAGGACCGG